AUGAAACAUGCCUUGUUCGACAUGUUUCUGUUCCUGUUUAAGUCCAAAUAUCGACGGAAACGGAUUGCCCCAACAAUGACUACUAAGGUGGCUACCAAUUUCUAUCCGCUGCUGCUGCUGCUGGUAAUCGUUUUUGGUUUAGCAUCCUUGGCACAAUGCUCAUUGGACCGGUGCAAAGACGUCGAGUGCGGCAAUGGCAUCUGCUUGAAUGGAACGUGCGUGUGCAACGACGGAUGGCAAGGUCCUCAGUGCCAGUAUUGUGGUGGAAAAGUCAAAUUAAAUGGAACUUCUGGUUUCAUUUCUGAUGGCAUUGGUAACUACUCGCUGGAUGUGAAGUGUAGUUGGCUUAUAGAAGCUGGCAAUUCCACUAAUUCCACGAUCAGAUUGCAUUUUGAAGAAUUCAUUACGGAAUGCGGUUGGGAUCAUUUAUAUAUAUAUGAUGGAGACAGUGUUCAUUCUCCACUACUUGGUGUUUAUAGUGGUCUUAUGUAUUCAAAAGAUUACUCUCUGCAGAGUGUACCAGAAAUAGUAGCCCAUUCCGGAUUUGCUCUAUUACAUUUUUAUAGCGAUAUAGCUUAUAAUUUGUCUGGUUUUAAUAUUUCUUACAGUUUAAACACAUGUCCAAGUACAACUUCCUCUAAAGAAUGUUCAGGACAUGGUGUUUGUGUAGACUCUGUAUGCACUUGUGAUGCCCAAUUUAUUGGAGAAGCAUGCCACAUUCCGAUUUGUCCAAAUAAGUGUACAGCCAGUAAUGGGGUGUGUGAUAAGGAACAACAUCGCUGUGUCUGCAAUCCAAAGUAUAAAGGUGAUGACUGUAGCCAAGUAGCUGAGCAUGGUUACUGGGAAUUAUUGAAGACAAGUGAUUUUGUUCCCCAAGGAUCUGCAUCUCACACAGCAGUUGUAUGGCAAGACUCUAUGUAUAUUGUUGGGGGAGAGUCUUUUAAAAAAGGACAUAUGUUAUAUGUUUAUGAUUUCAAUGGUCAUGUAUGGGAAACACCUCAUGUAAUAAGCAAAACAGCACCAACCAUACGAUAUGGACAUUCAUCUGUGCUGUUUGGUGACAAGAUAUAUGUUUAUGGAGGAGUAAAAGAAGAUGGAAUUGUAUGUAAUGAAUUGUGGGCUUAUGACAUAAGUGCCAAGUCCUGGGAAAAUGUCACAGUCAAUACUGGUUCAUGUGAACGUAACCUUAUGAACAUUGGUUUCACAAAUCAAGCGUUGUGUGGACCAUUGCGUAGUGCUGGACACACAGCAACACUGGUGCCGCCUUCAUUUAUAUCACAAUCUACUUCGUCUGGAUCUGGUUCCAGAUAUGUGACAGAACGCAUGAUUAUUAUUUUUGGACAUUCUCCUACUUAUGGUUUUAUGAAUUUUGUUCAAGAAUAUUAUUUUGGCACUAGAGAAUGGGCAGUUGUAAAGACUAAAGGUUAUCCAGUAAAGGGUGGAUACGGGCACAGUGCAGCUUGGGAUCCUGUGACAGAACGUAUUCUUGUAUAUGGUGGCUAUGUGUCAAUGAGUCCUCUGCAAUCGGCUUUAUCUUCAAAACUGUAUGCAUAUGAUCCUUACUCACAUACAUGGUAUUUAAUGAGUGACGGUCCUAGUGGUAGGUUUUUACAUAGUGGUUCUAUGUUGAGUCCUACUGGAGGUUUAAUGUUGAUUUACGGUGGAAACAUACACAACGAUACUGGCGUAAAUUUAGUUUCAUCUGGAGGUCAGUGUUAUACUGCACAACCAUUACUUUAUGAUACAUAUUGUGACUCUUGGACACAAAUGGCAUUGCCCUCAAAUUUAUUCACUAGUCUCAUGCGAUUUGGACAUUCUGCAAUAACAUUUGAAAAAUCUAUGUAUCUUUACGGUGGUUUCAACGGACAAAUGCUCAAUGAUAUUCUCAAAUUUUCUCCUGGGAAUUGUUCAUCAAAUAAUAUGAUAACUAAUUGUUUGAAUAGUCGUCAUUUUGGUGUUAAAUGUGUCUGGGAUAACGAAAAAGCCAUUUGUUUACCAUUUUCAGAAAUCCCAGCUAUUCCACCCAGUAUAGAUUUUGAAUCAACUUACAGCCGUUGUCCUGAAGAAAGUAAGUCUCAAGUCACGGGGAUUAUCGAUCAGUGCAAGCGGCAAACUACAUGUGAAUCAUGCGUUCAUACUCAUCGUUGUGGUUGGUGCCCUUUAUCAAAUUCCUGUGUACAUGAUAUAGAACAAUGUACUACAAUGAAUAGAGAUGAUAUUCCAUAUCGUAGUGAACGUCCAAUAACAUCUGGUUAUCAAUGUACUAAUGAAAAUGCUGAUCAUAUGCGUUGUAACCAUCUUCACUCUUGUCAAUAUUGUGUUACUCAUACUGGAUGUCAUUGGAAUUCCAAGAUUGAAGUUCCUAUAUGUGUACCAAUCACAAACAAAUCCAUGAUUCAAGAUUUUACAUCACCAGAUGUAUGUGAAAGUGUUUGUGAUCAUUAUACUGAAUGUACAAAUUGUACAAAAGAUGAAUGCAUUUGGUGUCAGAAUAAUGAACGAUGCAUUGACAAAAAUGCAUACACAUCUUCAUUUCCAUACGGUCAGUGCAGAGAAUGGACAACAGAUGAGCACCGUUGUAGGACUUCACCAGGUAAUUCACAGUGCAAUUACUAUAGGACUUGCACUGACUGUCGAGAUGAUCCAGAGUGUGGUUGGUGUGAUGACGGUUCGGGCACUGGUUUAGGUUCAUGCAUGGCAGGUGGCAAUACUCCACCACAAUCAUGUUCUCAAAAUAAAUGGUACUUCACUCACUGCCCAACUUGCCAGUGCAAUGGCCACAGCACUUGUAUGAACAAUACUGAUGUGUGUAUACACCCCUGUUCAAAUAACACCGAAGGUCAAAACUGUGAGACGUGUAUUAAAGGAUUCUAUGGGAAUCCAGUCAAUGGUGGGGAAUGUAAAGAGUGUCGGUGUAACAAUCAAGGUAACCAUUGUAAUCAAGAGAAUGGAAAAUGCUAUUGUACUACAAAAGGGAUAAUCGGAGAUAACUGUGAAAAAUGUGACACAAAUAACCAUUAUCUUGGGGACCCAUCUAAUCACGGUUCCUGUUUUUAUGAUCUGACCAUUGACUAUCAAUUCACAUUCAACUUGUCUAAAAAAGAUGAUCUGAGGUUCACACAAAUCAAUUUUCAAAAUUCGCCUUCAAAGUCUGAUGUUGAUGCUGACUUUAGUAUCACCUGUUCGGUGAUGGCCAAGAUGAAUAUCACUGUCAGACCUGCUUCCGGGCCAGAAAAGAUGCUACUACCGUUACAGAACUGCACAAACUUCAGAACUAAGUUUUUGAAAUCAGAAUACAUGUUUGGCACCGGCGACAACAUGUCGCUGACAACAUUCUAUGUUUAUGUUUACGAUUUUAAACCUCCACUCUGGAUACAGAUAUCGUUUUCUCAGUAUCCAAAAUUAAAUCUCCAACAGUUUUUCAUCACAUUCUCUUCAUGUUUCUUGCUAUUGCUGUUGGUGGCCGCCAUAUUGUGGAAACUCAAACAGAAAUACGACAUGUAUCGCAGGAGACAGAGAAUGUUCGUGGAAAUGGAACAGAUGGCCAGCAGACCGUUUUCGGUGGUCGAGGUGGAAAUAGAAAAACGCAAUUCUAUUCAUGGUAACCAAAUACCAUCGAUACCGACCAUUUCUGUUUCUAGCAAUUUGAGAAAACGCAAAAUUGACGUACCAAAUCCAGUGGCCUUGGAACCUUGUGCUGGAAAUCGAGCAGCCGUAUUGACAUUGCUUGUCAGACAGCCGACGGGUAACGAUAGAUUCACACCACACGGAUAUUCGGGUCUGGCGAUAGCUUCAGCUCUGGUGGUGGUCGGCAACGUUCAACAUUCCAAGACCAAUGGGGUCGACAACAGCAGUUCUCCGCUGCCGGGCAAAGAAGACGUCCGCUGGACCGGUAGGGGUUUGAAAGCCAGUCAGCAUCCCAGCGAAGCGCGAAUUUAA